AUGACUUCAUGUUCAUUAUUGAUCACAUUUUAUCUUCUCUUUUGCAGAUCAAGCGAUGAAGUUUUUUAUAAAUUUAAUAUUGAGACGAAGAAGUCGUCGCAUAACGUUUUUGUCUAUUAUAAAUUAAAUCACUUCAACUAUUUUUGUGAGAAGUAUCAAGAACACAUUUGUGAUGAAUGCAACCCGAGCGGCACAAGUGGAGAUUCCGCCAAAAUUGGAUUGAAAAUCGCUUAA